UGACAAUGUCUGAAAUUAAAUUAUAGGUGAAGGGAAUGAAUGAACUUCAACAAGGUUACAACUUAGUUGGUCUCUCACAGGGAAAUAUGGUAGCUAGAGGACUUAUAGAGUUCUGUGAUGGAGCACCCCCGGUGAGAAUUUUAUCACAAUUAUAUUUUAACAAUAGUUUUUCUCUUUAUGUCAAGAAUUUUAUCUCAAUAGGUGGACCUAAUGCUGGUGUUGCUGCCUGCACUGGUGGCCCUUGGUGUGCUGGAGCUGGUGGUGUUGGAAUAUACUCCGAUUAUGUUCAAGCUCAUUAUGCUCCUAGUGGCUAUACCAAGCUUCCAAAUGAUAUUGCUGGAUAUUUGAAAGGUUGUAGGUAUCUACCAAAGCUUAAUAAUGAAAUUCCUAAUGCAACUAAUCCCAUUUAUAAGCAGCGUUUCACCAGCUUGAAGAACCUUGUACUUAUCAUGUUUGAAAAUGAUAAUGUGAUAAACCCAAAAGAAAGUUCUUGGUUUGGCUUUUAUCAAGAUGGAACCUACUCUCAAAUUUUGCCACCGCAACAGACUAAUCUUUAUCUAGAGGAUACGUUUGGAUUACAAACAUUGGAUAAAGCUGGAAAAGUGAAGUUCAUAAAGUUACCAGGAAUUCACCUUGGAAUGGAUAUUCAAGAAAUGCAGCAAUAUGUUGCCCCAUAUUUGAUUGAUGGACCGCCAAAGAAUAAAGCUGCUGCUCAAGUAGUCCACUGAUUAAAAAUAUUUCUUGUUAAGGAUAAUGGUGUUAACAAAAAGUGCUACUAAAUUAGUCAUCGU